AUGGAUGGUAGAGAGGCUAUGGCAUUCUCUGGUGGUCCUGGUUCUUAUUACAUGCAUAGAGGAGGAGUUGAGGCUGCAGGGUCUGGCUCUGGAGGAUUCCAAGUACCUCCUGGAUUCAGAGCUUUGCCAAACAAUGGUAUUGUAGGUCAGCCAAAUGUCAGGGCUCAGGGUGGUAAUGGUGAUACUAGUUCCAUGUUUCCGUCCGAGCCUCAGUCUCAUGCUGAUUUUAAUCAUGAUGUUAGCGUUGGUGCAUCUUCCGGUGCACCUUCUAGUGAGCCUGUGAAAAAGAAAAGAGGGAGGCCGCGGAAAUACGGACCCGAUGGAUGUGUUUCUUUGAAACUGACUCCGAUGUCUGCCCCUGCUAAUUCCACUCAAGAUUCGGCUACUCCUUCCGAGAAACGGGGGAGAGGACGUCCUCGUGGAUCUGGAAGGAAGCAGCAGCUAGCUGCAUUAGGUGACUGGAUGACCAGUUCAGCAGGGUUGGCUUUUUCGCCUCAUGUUAUCACCAUUGCAGCUGGGGAGGAUAUCGCAGCAAAACUAUUGUUGUUAUCACAGCAGAGACCAAGGGCUCUGUGUAUCUUGUCGGGCACAGGGAUAGCUUCUAAAGUUACUCUGCGACAGCCUGCUUCUACCGAUGCCGGUGUAACUUAUGAGGGAAGAUUCCAAAUAUUAAGCUUAUCCGGUUCUUACUUGGUUGCUGAAGAUGGUGGACCAACCAACAGAACGGGUGGCAUAAGUGUUUCUCUUUCUAGCCGCGAUGGUCAUGUUAUUGGUGGCAGUGUUGCUUUGCUUAUUGCUGGAAGCCCAGUGCAGUUGGUUGUGUGCAGUUUUGUAUAUGGCGGUGGCUCGAAAGUAAAGACUAAACAAGGGACCAUUACCAACGGGGAAAGUUCUGAGCCUCAUAAUGAUAACCUAGGUUCUCCAGCCAGUGCUGCACCUGGUCAAAACUACAUCUCUUCACCAACAGGCGUGUGGCAGGGAUCACAACCAUCGGAACUGAAAAGCGUGCCCGCACAUACUGGCAUUGACUUGACGCGAGGCUGA